AUGUUAGUGCUUUGUAGACCUCUGGAUGAUUCUAAAUUUCAUCAACAACGUCUGCCUGCGUGGAGGCCAAUAUUAACUGCCAAAGGUGUUUUCCCCAUCUUCCUAACCAUUGGAAUUCUGUUCAUUCCUAUCGGUGUUGUUCUCCUGGUCUUUUCCAAUAAGAUCAGCGAGACAGUGAUUGAGUAUACCCACUGUGAACGAUCAGACACCAGCGGUACUAAUUCAUUGAAGGUUCGAUGUUCCGAAGAAGUGCGCAAACCAAGUUUUUAUUCACAAUACAAUUAUUGCCCUUGUCAAAGUACAUUUACUUUGGAUAAAGACUUGAAGGGACAAGUGUAUUUCUACUAUGGUCUAAGCAACUUUUAUCAGAAUCAUCGUCGUUAUGUGAUGUCGAAGGAUGAUGCGCAGUUGCACGGAGAUUCCACUCGUUUGAGCAGUGAUUGUGAGCCCUACCGAACCAAUCCACAGGGAAAGUCAUAUGCCCCAUGUGGUGCCAUAGCUAUGAGCCUGUUCAAUGACACUUUUAGUGUGAAAUACUACGGUCCUGAUUCCAAUCCAUUGGCUACACCUGUUGAAGUACCCCUGACCAAUAAGGGGAUCGCCUGGCGCAGUGAUGUUGAAAAGAAAUACGGUCAACCCAGUGCGAGCAGUUGGGCUAACACGGUGAAACCAGACAGUUGGCGUCUUAGUGCGUUGGAACGAUCGCCAGAAGCCUACAAAGGUGACGAAGAACUACUGGUCUGGAUGCGCUUGGCUGCGCUGCCCACCUUCCGAAAACUUCAUCGGAUUCUAAUUGCGCAGGAUAUAUUUUCUGACGGAUUGCCAGCUGGAAAAUACACGGUGGAUAUCGGCUACGGUGGGUAA